AUGGCAACCAUCGAAGACCCAACCAACGCCACGCGCCCAACCCCCAACAUCCCUGUCGAGAAAGCAAUCCUCCACAUCGGCAGCUCAACCUUCAUCACCGCCCCCCCUCAAAAAGUCUGGGACGCCCUAACAGACACUUCAACAUGGCCAACCUGGAACAAUUUCGUGCCACGCGUAACCAUUCGCUCCCAGCCAACCCCCGACCCAUCUCCAUCCACCGCACCAGAACCAACACCAACGCCAGCGCCAGUGCCAGCAUCAACAUCCACACCCCAGUCAGCAGAUACAAGCGCAACCCUGUCCCCAAUCCUCCAAAAAGGAACAAAAUUCACCAUGCACGUUCGCAUGAAUCAAACCUCCACCAAACCCCAACCCUCAACAGAUGUACAUCUCAUUAUCAGCGAAUGCAGUGCGCCGAACGCGGAGACCGGCGAGGGCGGCCGUAUCGUUUGGAUCGCUGACGCCGAAGCGCCGGGUGCGUUUGCACCGUCUCUUUUGCAGGCGGAGCGGGUGCAUGAGUUUACUGCUGUUGAGGAUGGGACGGUGGUGCGCAAUUGGGAGGCGCAGGCUGGGUGGUUGGUCUACAUGGUGCGGUGGAUGUAUGGGACUAAGCUGCAGGGAUUCUUUGAGAUGUGGGUUGCUGAUUUGAAGGGGUUUGUCGAGGGUAGCAAUGCUUCCUCUUGA